AUGAGCUCUUAUUUUGUCAACUCACUCUUCUCCAAAUACAAAACCGGGGACUCCUUGCGUCCCAAUUACUAUGACUGUGGGUUCGCUCAGGAUCUUGGGGGCAGACCCACGGUGGUGUACGGACCCAGCACGGGGGGCACCUUCCAGCAUCCGACCCAAAUCCAGGAGUUUUACCACGGAGCAUCCUCACUCUCCAGCUCCCCUUACCAACAGAAUCCCUGCGCCGUGGCGUGCCAUGGGGACCCCAGCAACUUCUAUGGCUACGACCCCUUGCAAAGGCAGAGCCUCUUCAGCGCCCAGGAGUCGGACUUGGUGCAGUACACGGACUGCAAGCUUGCUGCCAGCGGCCUUGGAGAGGAGGCGGAGAGCUCGGAGCAGAGCCCUUCUCCGACCCAGCUUUUCCCCUGGAUGCGACCGCAAGCAGCCGCUGGACGGAGGAGGGGGAGGCAAACCUACAGCCGCUACCAGACGCUGGAACUGGAGAAGGAAUUUCUAUUUAAUCCCUACCUGACCCGCAAACGGAGGAUCGAGGUCUCGCAUGCCCUGGGAUUGACAGAAAGGCAGGUCAAAAUCUGGUUCCAGAACAGGAGGAUGAAAUGGAAAAAGGAAAACAACAAAGACAAGUUUCCCAGCAGCAAAUGCGAGCAGGAAGAACUGGAAAAACAGAAAAUGGAAAGAGCCCAGGAGGUGGACGAGGAAGGGGAAGCACAGAAGGCGGACAAGAAAUAAAAGGAUUUUUAAGGACUGAAAGGCAAGCGCUGCUGGGGUGGAAGAGCCCCUGAGCCCCGCAUUAAUGGCAGUUAAUGUAAGGGAGGGGUGGGAAAAAAACCAACAAUGCAUAGAAAAGAGAAAGGAAAAAAAAAAAAAACCUUUUAUUGCUGUAAAACAAUAUAGCUGUAAGCACCACUUUCCUGAUUAUCCUUUGAUACAAUGAACAGUAUGCAAAAGUGAUCGGGAGGUCUCUCCUGCCUUUUGCCAGUUAUUAACUAG